GAACAGAGAAAAAGGAAAAACAUGAACAGAAUUUGUGCGUUGUGUUCCAAAAAUGAGAUUACUUUAGAUAUUGUGAAAAAAUCGGCGGAAUCACUUGAAACUACCUUUGAAUGCAUGAUCAGUAUUUUCAACUUUCAGACGGAGCAGAAAUUACCGAAAUGUUGUUGUCAACAGUGUUUCAAAGAUCUACGAACUGCUUACUUUUUCUACUGCCGAAUUAUGCAGUCGUUAAAAAAUAUGACCAUGCCAUCGACUUUUUCGGAGAUAACGACAAAAGAUCAGGAUUACCAAUACAAAAUUUACAACUCAAGUCACCAAGCUGAUAUCGCUCCUUUGCAACAUAACAACCAUACAAGCGAUCCUCAAAAUAUCCACUGUAGGUUUUGUAAUAAGAAAUUCAAAACAGUAAGAGGACUGGAACAACAUAUGUUUUAUUGUAAUCAUACGGAUAGCAACAAAUGCUUACGAUGUCAUCUCUGUAGGCAAGAUUUUAAAUCAAAAGCAAAUUACAAAAAUCAUAUGAGGCAUCAUCAGGACUUCAUAUGCCGAUUGUGUAACCGAGGUUGGAUCACGGAUGCACACCUACUGGAACAUGUUAAAAAUGCGCACACUGAUCAACUUUUCCAGUGUGUAAAAUGUACAAAAACAGAAAAAAUGCGAAAAACUUUGAACAGACAUCUAGGAUUAGCACACGGAGUUUCCGCGUCCGAAGUUUACUGUGGCCAUUGCUCAACUGAAUUACCAUUCGAUAAUAUAAUUGCAUUGAAUAAACACAUUCACCAUGAACACAAGCAUUUAGAACAGCCAAGUUUAAUGUGCAAUGAAUUGCUAAGCGUUUCACUGUUUCCCAAAGAAUUAGAAAGCGGUUUAGAAAUAGAUAACGAGUACGCUAAACCAAGGCAAGUCGAAAAUCAGGAAAUAUUUUUGCGCAAUUUUAAUCUCCUACGUACAAACCUAGAAGAUAAACAUGAGAUACGGACUAACGCUUUGAACCAUAACAAGAUGAUUCUCGAGGAAUUUUUGGACGAAGCCUUUGAAAACGAUCAAAUAUGGACAAAAUAUAUCGAAGGCGGUGAAGAAUAUUUAAUUGAUAAUUACGAUUUUUAUCUGGAAGGAAAUACAACGCGUAUUCUCAAAAAAUACAAAUGUCCUAUGUGCGACGAUGGUUUUGACAAACAGCAUAAUCUUACAGCGCACUUAGCUAAAAUCCAUGAUAUCGCAUGUCUUAUUUGCAAUGACUGUGGUGCCAGUUUUAAUAAAAUUUCAGAAUACAAAAACCAUCGUCAAGAUCAUCUAAAGGAAAACGCACGUUUCAGGGAAAACAUCAUACCAGAAGCUGAAGAAGCACUUUCAUUAGUAAAACACGAGGAAAAAACUUAUGAAAUUCAAGAAACAACAAACAGUUACAGUUUUCGUUGCAGACUCUGUGAUAGAAGAUUUAUAAAAAAAUGUAAUCUAGAAAAGCAUCAUUGCUCUUAUAACAAUACCAAUUUUCCUAACUGCAAUGAAACCUAUAAACCUUCACACUCCGAAGAAGAUGCAGAUAUUCCAGAGAGUCUAUUUUGCACGCUGUGUGAUAAAAAGUUUAAGUCAAUAUCAGGAUUGAAGUAUCACCUAAAACGACACACAGAUAUCAAGGCGUUUUCUUGUUUAUACUGCAACAAAAAGUUCACUGCUAAUUCAAACCUUAAUGCUCAUAUCCGUAACGUCCACAGCGAGCAGAAGAAUCACGUUUGCAAAGAUUGCAAUAUGCGAUUUGCCGGCAAAGACCAUUUGACUAAACAUAUUCGCUUCAUACAUCGUUUGGAACGUAAUUUCCAGUGUUCUGAAUGCCCAAAGAAAUAUUUUCAAAAGUCUCACUUGAAUGAUCACGUAGCUGCAACGCAUAUGGGAUUUAAAGCAUUCAGCUGCGAAAUAUGUACCACUUUCUACAGUUGCCGGGGUUCACUCAGAAGGCACAUGAUUAAAUCUCAUAAAGUUGUAUGACGACAAAUAUUAGUUAAUUAAAACUCUUGAUUGGCUUUUUCUCUA